AUGGCACUUGCUCCUGGGGAUGGCCCGUUCGUAGGGAUGGAGCUGCCGCAGUUUUUCGGCGUCUCCGUGGUGGAGGUGGGCUCUCCCACGUGCGAGAGCCCGGGCACGGAGAUCACCGGCGAGGAGGCCGACAUCGAGGGGCUUCUCCGGGUCCGGGCGUCGCCCAGCCCGCUGAGCAAGUGCCCGCGCUGCUGGCUGCAUGUGGUCCAGGAGGCGGGGUCGGUGUGCUGCCGGUGCACCGGUGCCCUGGCCAGCGCGGCCGCGGCCGAGGCCGAGGCCGCCGCCCAGCACCUGAGCUCACUCUACUUCGAGGCGGCCAAGGACCGGCUGUAUGCUGAUGCGAUCCCCUCGCUCAGCCGGCGCAGCGUGCAGACCGUUCUCUUCCAUAUUCUCCACUCGGUGACGCGCGUCCUGGCACCGAUCACGGUUCACGGCUCGGAGGAGCUGUUCGACCACUACCGGCGGCAUGUGCCGAACGCGCCGGAGUCGGUGGCCCUGCUCGGCUGGCCGGAGCUGCCGGCCGAGUGGCGUCUGGCCGAGGAUGCCCCGCUGCUGCGGGACUUCUCCCAGCUGGCCAAGCUCCGGCUGGCCACCAACCGGGCCCUGGAGCAGGAGCGCCGCGACCGGCGCAUCGGCAGCGGCCUGGAGGCGCGCCUGACGCUGGACCCGGCGCCCGGUUCGGAGCUUGCCCGGAUUUUGGACACCUAUCUGGACGCCGCCGGUUGCUACAACGCCAAGGCCCCGGCGGCGCUGGUCGGCCUGCCGGUCAUCGGCGCCGGCUCCGGCAGCGUCAUCGACGACCUGACCGCGCGGGGGCUGCUGCUUCGGACCUCCGAGCACCGGCACCGCUAUCCCUUCGACUGGCGUGCCAAGAAGCCGGUCAUCAUGCGUGCCACCGAACAGUGGUUCUGCCGCGUGUCGGAUCUCACCUCCAAGGCGCUGGAGCAGUUGCAGACCGUCAACAUGGUUCCCCCCUCGU